GAGAAGUUGUGUACUUAGUUUAAAGAAAAAAACAGUGGAAAACAAUUUUUAAAAAAGGAUACCAAAAAAAAAAAAAGUUUGGUAGAGCAGCCAUAGAAGAUUGUGUCCUUUAUGGGGGAAAUUUUAUAGUGAAAGACAAAGAUAGAUCUUGGAGGCAUUUCAUCUGGAGGUAAGGAAAAAGGUGAUAAACUGUCAUUCAAGCUUCAAGCAUAUUGACCCCACUUAUUUUGUAACUUUACCAUCCAUUUAUUAAUUUUACUUGUAAUUCUCUCUAUUUAUAUACAACCCUUGCACUAAGUUAUUGCUAAGGGCCUCAUACAACUUCAUUUUGCUUUAAAUUAUCUCUUCACCUUCUCAUCUUCACUCACAAAGUCUCAAUUACUACUUUUUUUUUUUUUUUUUUAAUCUAUGGCAACCGCGAUUUUCUCACCUAAUUUCAAGGGUAACGAGGGUGGUGUAACCUACCCUCGAGAUGUAUCGUUCUCCUCGUACCUUGAUACAGCCGAGAGGGACUUUGUUAGGAGUCUAGCGGAAUCUAUUAAUAAUAGUCCCUCUCCUGCUCGAGAAGUUUCCACCCCACGAGCAGUGAUCGUGGGGAGGAACAUUUCUCGAGCUCAAAGAAGUGGUGAAUCGGAUGUUUUUGGAGCCGAGAGAUACUUUAAUAAAAAUAUUGAUGAUGAUGAAAAAGGCGGUAGGAGUCGUGUCGUUGUAUCAAGAAAGGGUGGAGGUCGUGGUGGCGGGAUCAAUAGGCAUAGGCAUCAUAGAAGAGAGAAAGGAGAUGAUUUGUUAGAAGGAACAAAAUCAUCAAGGAGUAAUAUUAGUAGUACUAGUAGCUUUAAGUCACCAACUCCAAGUCUUAAAUCCGAAGGAAGUUUUAACACCCAAAUUGGGUUGUUAUUGCCUAAGAAACUUUUCUCCGGUUUUCAAUGUAAAGGUUCUUGUUUUGACAAGAAAUCCGUUUAUACUACAAACACUACUUCUCAUCAAAAACCUCAAUCUUCUCCUAAGUCAUACCAAGGGAAUGAGAAUGGGUAUCGAAAAAGCCGGUCUUCUCAUCAUCAAGAACACUUUGCAUUCCCUAUCAUAGACACGGCUUCUUUUCACUUAGAUCAACCUAAGAAAACAAUAGAUGUGUUUGGAAUUCACCAACUAGGCAAGCAAGAAAUCGAACACAACCUCGAGAGGAAGCUUUCGAUCCUAUCAUGGGACGCGAUCCCAAACUCUCCUACUACUCCAUUCACCAUCUCAUUAGCAAAGAAAACAACUAGUCCUAGUGUAAAGACCGAAGAUGAUGAAGAUAUGUGUAGUGAUGCAAGCUCCGAUCUUUUCGAGAUUGGAAAUCUUUCCGGUGUCCCCGGUAGUCAAACAUCAACCCCUUAUUAUGCACCUAGUGAAAGGAGCAUCGAAUGGAGCGUGGUUACUGCUAGCGCGGCUGAUAACUUCUCUUCCUUUUCUGACCUCGACGAUGAUCACAAAAACACCAUCCAUCGACAAAGAAGUCAUAAGAACAUCACCCUAGAAAGGAAAAAAAUGCAAAGAAACUCAAAUUCGGGUGGAAUGUUCCUAGGGUGUACGAGUCACAAAGCCGUCGAUGUUGUAAGAAACUACCAUCAACCAUGAAUCGACAUCGAUUGUACCAUAUUGUUAUUGGUGUAUGCCAAUAUCUAUAAAAAUAUGGUUACUUUAGUAUGAUUUUCGUACAAUUAUGUCAAUGUAUGGCAUUGUUAUGAUGAUUAGUAGUACAUUAUUUUUUACUUUAGUGAUAUGGUAAGAUAAGAUAUUGUUAUUAUUGAAUUAGAGGUAUGAAAUCAUGUAUUAGACCUACCAAAAUUACUAUGAGAAUGAUAUAUGAUAUGCAUUUCUAAUAUCUUUAUAGCAAUGAUGAACAAGAGCUUUAUUCUUUGCUUUCUUGUUAACCAAAGUUAGAACAUUUAAUGGGACAAAUAAUGGGAACCCGGAUUAUUUUUUUUCUUUCAUGAUUUUUUAUAAAUUGAUAUUCUAGAUGCACAUUUGCCUAACCACAUUGCCACACUACAUUGGUUCUUUGCCAAAAUCGUUUUAUUGGCUUUUUCUUGUGUU